UUUCUUAGGAAUGCUUUUUACAUAUCAGUAUAGAUGGAAUAUAGAACGUAACAAACAUCAGUAUUUUUCAGGUUUAGAAGUCUUCGAAGUGAUCAUAUUUCUCAAUGAAAUACACCCAAUUGCUAGGAUUUUGAUUUAGGCAAACUGUUAUGGCCUGGUUUAGAGCUGGUUCUAGUGCAGCAAAGUUUGCUGUGAGGAAAACUUUAUCUUAUGGACACUCUUAUGUAAGAAGAACACAUGUUAUUCCAUCACAAAACCGUUACUUUCACUCUACACUCCUCAAACCGAAAGCACAAACAGCUCCGGUUCCACACCCUGUGCCCCUCUCUAGGCUUGCUGACAGUUUCUUAGAUGGGACUAACAGUGUAUACUUAGAGGAACUUCAGCGUGCUUGGGAAGCUGACCCGAGCAGUGUGGAUGAAUCAUGGGACCAAUUUUUCAGGAAUUUUGUUGGGGAUGCUCCAAAACAUCCUGGUGUUUCAGGGCAGACCAUCCAAGAAAGCAUGAAACUUUUGUUGCUUGUAAGAGCUUAUCAGGUUAAUGGUCAUCUGAAAGCAAAAUUAGACCCACUGAACUUAGACCAUAGGGUAGUGCCUGAGGUAUUGAGCCCGGAAUUUUAUGGUUUCACUGAAGCUGAUCUUGAUAGGGAGUUCUUCAUUGGUGUUUGGAAGUUAUCAGGGUUUCUGUCAGAAAACAGGCCUGUGAAAACACUCAGAAGUAUUCUUGACCGGCUUGAGCAGACCUAUUGUGGGAGCAUUGGUUAUGAGUACAUGCAUAUCUUUGAUCGCGAAAAAUGUAACUGGUUAACAGAUAGAAUUGAGACUCCAAUGCCUGUGGAGUACAGUAAAGAUCGCUGCAAAGUAAUGCUUGAUAGGCUUGUAUGGAGCACACAGUUUGAGAAUUUCUUGGCAAAUAAGUGGUCAACAGCGAAAAGAUUUGGCUUGGAAGGUUGUGAAGCGCUGAUUCCUGGCAUGAAAGAGAUGAUUGAUCGGUCAGCUGAGCUUGGAGUUGAGAGUAUAGUUAUGGGAAUGGCUCAUAGAGGAAGACUAAAUGUCUUAGGAAAUGUUCUUCGCAAACCACUUCAUCAGAUUUUUAGUGAGUUUAGUAUUGGUAGGAAACCUAUCCCUGAAGACGCGCUCUAUGUUGGAACUGGUGAUGUCAAGUAUCAUUUGGGAACUUCUUUCGACAGACCUACUCUAAGUGGGAAGAGGAUUCACCUCUCUUUGGUUGCAAAUCCGAGUCAUUUAGAAGCUGUGGAUCCUGUUGUUGUUGGGAAAACAAGGGCCAAACAGUUUUAUUCUAACGAUGUGGAGAGAACUAAAAACUUGGGUAUAUUGAUUCAUGGGGAUGGUAGCUUUGCCGGGCAAGGUGUUGUAUAUGAGACUCUACACUUAAGUGCUCUUCCAAGCUACACUACUGGUGGAACGAUACAUAUUGUAAUUAACAAUCAGGUAGCAUUCACAACUGAUCCGAAAUCUGGAAGAUCUUCUGAGUACUGUACUGAUGUUGCUAAAGCAUUAAAUGCUCCUAUUUUCCAUGUAAAUGGGGAUGAUUUGGAAGCUGUUGUUCGGGUAUCUGAGAUUGCAGCAGAGUGGCGGCAGACCUUCCAUUCAGAUGUUGUUAUUGACAUAGUCUGUUAUCGUAGAUUUGGUCAUAAUGAAAUUGAUGAGCCAUCAUUCACACAACCCACCAUGAACAAGGUCAUUCGCAGUCAUCACCCCGUUCUUGAGACAUACAAAAGAAAACUUCUCGAAUCUGGAAUAUUGUCAAAAGAAGAUAUAGAAGAGAUUCAGAAAAAGGUCAACAGAAUUCUAAAUGAAGAAUUCGAGGCCAGUAAAAGCUAUGUUCCCCAAAAGCUGGAUUGGCUUGAAGCAAAUUGGGCAGGACUCAAGUCACCAGAUCAGCCGGCACAGAUACAGGAUACCGGGAUUAAGGCAGACAUGUUAAGAAGUGUUGGGAAGGCCAUCUCAACCCUUCCGAAGAAUCUCAAUGCCCACAAAGUGGUAAAGAAGAUCUAUGAGCAACGUCGUGAGAUGGUUGAAACAGGUCAAGGUGUAGAUUGGGCCUUUGCUGAAGCUCUGGCCUUUGGGACUUUGUUGGUAGAAGGGAUUCACGUUCGCAUAUCUGGUCAAGAUGUUGAGAGGGGAGCAUUCAGUCAUAGGCAUGCUGUAGUUGUUGAUCAAGAGACAGAAGCGAAAUACUACCCACUUAAACAUGUCAUGGAGAAGCAAAAGGCCGAGAUGUUUACUAUCAGCAACAGCUCCCUCUCAGAAUUCGGUGUUCUUGGAUUUGAGUUGGGCUAUUCGAUGGAAAAUCCAAACUCACUGGUACUUUGGGAAGCUCAGUUCGGUGAUUUUGCAAAUGAGGCACAAAUUAUAUUUGAUCAGUUUUUAAGCAGUGGGGAGGCAAAAUGGUUACGUCAAACUGGGCUUGUGGCACUGCUGCCUCAUGGCUAUGAUGGUCAAGGACCUGAACAUUCGAGUGCUCGUUUAGAGCGUUUUCUUCAGAUGUGUGAUGACAACCCACAUGAGAUCGCAACUGAUCCGAUAAAGCAAAUACAAGAAUGCAAUUGGCAAGUGGUUAAUGUCACAACCCCGGCAAAUUAUUUUCAUGUUCUGAGACGUCAGGUUCACAGGGAAUUCAGAAAGCCUCUCAUUGUGAUGUCUCCAAAGAACUUGCUCCGCCAUAAGGACUGCAAAUCAGAAUUAUCCGAGUUUGAUGAUAUGCAUCAAACUAGCUUUAAGCGUCUCCUGGAGGAUCAAAACUAUCAGUCUGAUCUUGAAAAGGGUGUUAGACGUCUAGUUCUUUGUUCUGGCAAGGUGUAUUAUGAGCUUGAUGACGAGAGGAAAAAACAUAACAGCACGGAUAUAGCGAUAUGUAGAGUUGAACAAAUCUGUCCUUUUCCCUAUGAUCUAAUCCAGCAGGAACUUCAGCGAUUUCCAAAUGCUGAGAUUGUGUGGUGCCAAGAGGAGCCGAUGAAUAUGGGUGCAUUCAACUACAUAGCACCCCGUCUUUGUACUUCCAUGAAAGCUCUUCGAAGGGGAAAUAUGGAGAGUAUAAAAUAUGUGGGUCGUCCUCCUUCUGCUGCCACAGCCACCGGGUUUUAUCAAGUUCAUGUCAAAGAACAGAGUGAGCUUGUGCAGAAGGCCUUGCAGCCUGAACCAAUUCAUUUUCCUUGGUAAAGAUGAUGACUUCUGUAAAGACAUGCAUAAUCCCACCUCCUUCCCUUUUUCACUUUUGUAUGUUAUUUUUACCAUUGAAUAAAUGUGGUUAAAGUCUGUUUAGGACAAUCUCAGAAAGUA